CAGAGUUUCGCCAUUUUGAAUACAAACAUAUGAACGAUUUUUAUUUUCCGACCCCCCUUCCGUCGCCUUGCCGAGGUAACUCUUCGUUGCGAUUAUAAGCAGACUAAUUUAAAAAAAAUCAAUUCAUACACAAAAGAGAGCAGUAAAACAACUUUCUUGAGGACGAUGGCUCGUGCUUUGGGCAGAUAGUGUGAGGAAAACGGUCUCGUGGCAGCUGCGGGGUUUCACAGUGCGCGCGGGGCAGCAGCAGCAGCGCCACCGCUGCACAAGCCAGAGCAGCACCGAUAGACAACCGAGCAGCCCGUCUGAAGACACUCAGCGGAGUGAGGCGUGUAUUCGAGGAAGGCCUGGAGGGAAGUGGAUCUCAUGCAGAUUAAUGCUAGGUCAUUCAGUGCUGUCUGCAUUCUGCCACUCAAAUGCCUGCCGUUCUGUGGAGGAGGUGUAACUAAGGAUUCACACGUUUCAUCAGCUGGCUUGUGCUUCCUGCAGCAGCUGCCACCACCGCCAUCAUGUUCUGGAAGUUUGACCUGAACAACACCUCCCAUAUUGACCAGCUGCUGGAUCGAGAGGGCGUGACUCUGAGAGAGUUGAUGGAAGAGGAGGAUGUCCUGCAGGAAUGCAAAGCACAGAACCGCAAGCUCCUGCUCUUCCUCUCCAAGGAUCACUGUAUGCAGGAACUGGUCACUCUAAUCACUGAGGAACCUCCUGCUGAUUUGGAGGAGAAAACUCGCUUCAAGUUUCCAAACAUUGCCUGUGAGCUCCUGACCUCUGAUGUGGCUCUUAUCAAUGAUAAGCUGGGUGGAGACGAAUCCCUUUUGGAGAAGCUCUACCAUUUUCUGGAGCAGGAGCCCCCUCUUAAUCCUCUGCUGGCCUCCUUCUUCAGCAAAACCAUUGGCAACUUGAUUGCACGUAAAACAGACCAGGUAAUCUCUUUCCUAAGGAAAAAACACAACUUUAUCAGUCUGGUGCUGAAUCACAUCGAUGCCUCGGCCAUGAUGGACCUAUUGUUGCGCCUCAUCAGCUGUGUAGAGCCUGCCCCCUUGAGGAUGGAGGUCCUCAAUUGGCUGAAUGAAGAGAGACUAAUCCAGAGACUCACAGAGCUCAUGCACACGGGGAGAGAUGAAGAGAGAAAAUCUAAUGCAUCCCAGACUCUUUGUGACAUCAUCCGACUCAGUAGAGACCAGGCCAAUCAGCUGUCAGAGGUCACAGAUCCAGACCCCUUACUCGCUGUCCUGGAGUCACAAGAGAAUGUGGCUGAGCUUUUAAAGAACAUGUUUGAAGGGGAAAGGACUGAAGCAUCUGUCGUCAAUGGAACGCAAGUGCUUCUUACAUUACUGGAGUCACGAAGGUCAGGGCUGGAGGGUCUGAUGGACCUGUAUUCUCAGGGAUGUGAAAGGUCUUACACUGUCAACAGCAGUAUUUUACGUGCUAUUGAGCCUCAUCUAAAGGACUUCCAACAGCUCCUACUGAACCCUCCUACGAGAAGUGCAAUACUCACUACAGUGGGCGUUCUGGAGCAGCCCCUGGGAAGCGCCCGCCUUCAUGUGGCCAGACUGGUGGCCUCCCUGCUGCAGACUUGCGACCUCAGCAUCUGCCAAGAGAUCUGCAGACUCAACACCAUGGACCUGCUGUUGGAUUUAUUCUUUAAAUACACCUGGAAUAAUUUCUUGCACUUGCAAGUGGAGCUGUGUGUGGCAUCUAUCUUAAACCACUCUGCCCAAUCAGACGUCCAGAACCCAGGUCUGCAGAACCACGAGGAAAGACCAGCUACAGACAUCCAGGCAGAGGAGGGAACGCCUGGCCAAAACAGCAGCUUAGAUCCAGCAAACACACCCAUUCAAGAUGCUCUUGUUGCCAAUCUCUUCCAGCAUUGCCGGCUGGUGCAAAGGAUUCUGGAUGCUUGGGAGGAAAAUGACAAAAUCCAGACUGAAGGGGGCAGACGAAGAGGAAACAUGGGUCACCUGACAAGAAUUGCAAACACUGUGGUUCAAAACCUAGAAAAAGGGUUGGCUCACUCUCAAAUUAAUGACCUAAUUAAAGAGCUACCAGAAGACUGCAGAGGCCGCUGGGAGAGUUUUGUGGGUGAAACACUGAGAGAGACUAACAGAAGAAACACAGUAGAUUUGGUGAGCACCCAUAACUUGCACUCAUCUAGUGAAGAUGAUGACAUGGAGAGCCCCUUCCCCAAUGAUCUGUCCAUCCAACAGGCAUUCUCUGAUUACCAGAUACAGCAGAUGACGGCCAAUUUUGUGGAUCAGUUUGGUUUUAAUGAUGAAGAGUUCAGUGAACAUGAUGAAAAUAUCAAUGCUGCGUUUGAUCGGAUUGCUGAAAUUAACUUCAAUAUAGACGCAGAUGAUCAUAGUGCCAAUGCUGCAGCUUUUGAGGCGUGUUGUAAAGAAAGAAUCCAGCAGUUUGAUGACUGUGAGGAAGAGGAGGAUAUUUGGGAUGAAAAAGAAAUUAACUAUGCAACACAAAUCAAAUCCAGAUCGAGAUUCGGGGUGUCUCUUUCUUCAGAUAGUUCACCUAAGAGUGCUGUAAGGAAUGGGGGUGGAGGCCGCGGGUCGGCCUCAGAGGAAGAGGAUGUUGAGGAAGAGGCAAGUCCUCAGCAGUCUACAGGAGCUCAGACUCAAAACCCAGGCUGGACGGCGAGUUUUAGUGAGGCAGAGGUGAGCUCCUCUGGUUCCUGGGGUGGUUCCCCUCAGCAGGGCAGUGAGGGUCAGCAGGACACCGGCUGGGCUAGUUUCACUGAGUUCCAGCCUUUCAGCAGCACAGAGUCCAGCCAAACUGAGGGACAACCUCAACAAGGAGAAGAUAAGAACUUGGCCAGCAGUGAGUCAGCUACAGGAGCGUGGGAAGAAAGUUCUGGGCAAAAAGCCCCUCUGGUGGCCUCAGACAGCAGCUCGUCUGGUGGCUCAGACAGUGAGGAGGACCCUGGAGAAAAUAAGACACAGGGUUCUCCUAAGACACCUGCCAACCAGACAACAGCAUCCUCAAGUGAUGUGCCUACCGAAGCUCUGAAGAAGCUCACCAUUACAGACAGUAGUCAGUCUUCAGCGCCUAUAGAAGAGUCAGAUGCCACCACUGUGACAGAGACAAGAGUCGAAGCUCCCUCUUCAGCUGAGAUCAUGCCUAACGGACCGGUCUGAAGGCUCUGGAUUGGAGUCUGACCCACUCUCCACCUCUUCCAUUCUGAACCCCCAAACCUCAAUACCACUUUUGGUGUUUAAAUAAAGAAUGCUGCCAUGUUAUUGGUCCUGGAUACUGCCAAUCAGCCCAUCAUUGGAGGAGGAAGAAAGGGGCAUGUAACACAAACCAGUAACCAGUACAGUGCUCAGAGGUGUUAGUCUUUUAAUCCUUUCAACUUUGUAUGAGAUAUGCACAGUUUUAAAUGUAGCAGUGACCGUGUGAUUACAGGAUCUGUCAGGACCUUUUUUUCUUCUCCCCCUCAAAUUGUGUCCCUUACAUAAUUUUUCUGGAUUAUUUUUCAUGAUCAGUCUUGGAUGUAAAACAGGGAUGUGAAGGUCUAAUUGGAAAGCACAGGCUCAUCCUUCACGGCAUAACGUCUUGAACAUCGCCAUGCAAAAUUGAAAGCCUCGUUGCCUGACAACAGCCUCUGUGACAGUUUACUGUAUGUUGAAGCACAACUGAAGUGUUCUGUAAUGCUUGACACUUUUCUGCACAGGUCACCGCCCCGCCAAGUUCAUUUUGAUGAUUUUUUUUCUUUUAACAUAUUAUGGCCUACUCUCAUUGAAUCAUGUAUUUGAAUGUUCUGAAGUGCUUUGGGGCGGAAAUGUAUGAAUUUAGAGUCGAUACUUUGACAUGGUGUCCAUGUUGGCACUUGUGCAAUAAUGUUUAGCCUUUUAAUUUAAAUUUGACUCAUUCGAAAAUUAUACAUUCAUGGUGGGGGUGUGCCUAUUUGAAUUUUUGGUCUUUCCAUUGCAUGCGUAACAUUAUUUAUCAAGCAUAUACAAGCAGCUGUUUUUCCAAGAACAUUCUGGAACAUCAGUCAAGACCUUCUGAUUGUAUUGCAUUACAUUUGUUUAGUUUUUACCCCCUUUCCCAUCGGAUCAACCAAGCAAUUUCUACCUAAUUUUCUUGUGCAUCUUCUGUUUGAGCCUUCCAAAAAUUAAAUCAUGGGUUUAAAAGCUAAAAUUAAUCAUAAUAAACUUUGCCUUAAGUUACAAAUCCUUCAGAAUUCCUGUAACAGGACAGAAGGGUUUGACUCAAAGCAAACAGGCUUUUUUGUCUGUUUUUAAAUGUCAGCGGGUCCGCGCCCCCACAAUUUUAUUCAUAUCUCUAUUGUAUGUCAACUUAAAUUAUAUAUUUUAUUUUUCUCUCAGAGGCCAAGAAAAUUUGCCCCAAGUCCAUAGUAUACCCUCCCUUAUGUAAUUCUCCACAGGACAGUGUUACGCAUCAUCAGAUAUUUUUUUCUUUAUAUAAGAACUCUUCUUAAAUGCUGUCAGAAAGACUUUGCAAACUUGUCUCAGAACCUUCCGGUAGCUCAUGUUGGAAAUACCAAGAUCCACCUCUUGAAAUAUUUCAUCUUGAACAUCAUGUGAUCACUUCUUCCUCCAGGAAUUUUUUGGCUGUUUCAUUUCACGCAUCAUAUCUCUGCAAGCUUAUGAUGGUACCAAAUCUGUUGGAUCACAGGAUUGGGAUAUUGCAUUAUUUAUUUUGGUUAAGGUGUUACUAUGGAGUUUCCCAUCAUUCAUUGGAACACCAUGUUUUCAUUUCUUCUGCUCUUCAUGACCUUUGCCUCUGGAGUGGAAAUUCUCCAUGAACUGCUUCUUAUAUCUUAUGUCAUGUUCAAAUAGGUUUGUUUCUGAAGCCAAAAGUAUGUAUUUGCCUUUUUUUUUCUUUCUUUUAACCGUUUAAAAAAAUCUUAUUUUUAACUUUAACCAAUAUUAUUUUACAUAUUGCAGAGAUUCUAAUUUAUGUGAUCUUCAGCAACCAAAAUAUUGCUCUGUUCAAUUCUGGUCAUGUGUCCGGACUGUUUCUGUACAUUUAAAGCCUAUUAUUCACCCAAGAAAAUCUUCAGCUACACAGCUAAGGAUAUUUAACAAUAAUCAUUAUAGAUUUUCUAUAUUUUUUUCUUUUAAUAUUGUUUCGGGUUUGAUUCUGUUUCAACAGAAAACAACUUUGAGUCGUUCUUCGGGCUAUAUAAACAGGCGUUAUGUUCACAUCCUUUUACUCUUGAAUGCAUACACUUACAUUCUCUGCGUUAUUGGUAUUAAUUUGAAUUUUAAGCGAGAAUAUAAGCCAUGUAAAUUUAGGGCGACCUGAAAUACUUGAUUGCGAUUGGCCAAUCUCUGUUCCCAUUUAGCAGCGGUGUUUAACCGGAGGUUCGUUUUGAAGUCGCACACCUGGCUGGCGCCAUCUUGUGUUCGUUAUAACAACGUUAUAUUUACAAAAUUCAGGUAAAGAUAAUUAAAACUCGAUAUAGUAUGCCACUUACGUGUAAUGAGUAUCGUGUUUAAAGCCAACAUUAUGAUGUCAGACGGUGGUUAACUUGAGUAGCACAAUAACGUACGUUGCUCAAGGUGAUAAACAAUAACGUUAGUCGACGAUAACGGAUAUCGACGUUUUUGUUUGGCAUAAAUGUUAGGUUUUUUGUCAACUUGACGUUAUUAUAGGAACGAACAGAGUCAAACCUGAAACUUUUAACGUUACAGCUCCAAAAUAUUUCUCCCUCUGAAAUCCCUUAUGAAAAUUAACCAUUGUUUUUAUUAAAACAGUGUAACGUUAGUAACAAUGUUUUUUCCUGUGUAUAUUUAUCAACAUUUCUAUAAACAGUACGAAAAAUACCAUGGUUAAACUGCUGAAUUUGUUGUCAUCAUGUUUUUGUAUCUUAAUUUGUGGUAAAACCAUUGUUGAUUUUCAUGAGGGAUACAACGGCCUUCGUUUCAUGCACUUCUUAAUAGUGGCCAUAUAUCUACAUGCCAUUAUAAUUAUGCUGGAUUUGAACAGGGAAACGAGGACACAUGCUGCAGGAUAAAUGAAUUGUCAAGUUUCAGAGCACUUCAAUCUAGUCAAAAUUAAGAUGAGAUAUAAUUUUCCCAUGUGACUAGUCAGAAUAAAAGGUAUUCACUGAUGGCAUAAAAGGUAAUUCUAAACCAGUAACAAGUUGACAUUUGUAUAGACCGUGUCUGUACAUUAUGUUGUUGCCUACAUCAGUACCUAUAUAUUUUGAUAUUUUCAGAAUGGAAUAAAUCUGUUGAGUGAAAUGAGCUUCAUCA